CUCUGACGCUCCCCCUCCCCGGGGCGCAUGGGCAGACGUGCCGGGCUGGCGAGCCGGAGCUGAAGCAGAGCCAUGUGCCACUGACCAGCAGGGGAGCGGCGAAGCGGGGCGCAGCCCGGCUCCCAGAAGGAGGAGGGGGGGAGCCUGAUCUGGGCCGCCUCGAGCCCGCACCGGAGACGAGCUAUAAAGUUCCGCGCGGACUUUUGCAGCGAAGUGGGAGCAGCUGCCCGGGAAGACGCAUCCACCCACCCCGGCGUUGCUGCGCCCUGCCUGGGUAGCGCGCUGUAGCUGGAGCGGAGACGGGAGACGCGGGCAUGGCUGCGCAGGGGGUGCGCCCCGCGUUCGGCUUGCUGGCCGUGAGCGGCUGGCUCCUGGCCAUGGCACAGGUGGAUUCUGAUGACACGAUUACCACGGAGGAGCAGAUUUAUCUUCUCCUGGAAGCCAAAAUCCAGUGUGAACUGAACAUCACUACCCAACUACAAGAAGGAGAGGGUAACUGCUUUCCAGAAUGGGAUGGACUAAUAUGCUGGCCCAGGGGCUCACUGGGAAAAAUGUUGGCUGUUCCAUGCCCUCCUUAUAUAUAUGACUUCAAUCACAAAGGGGUGGCUUUCAGGCACUGUAGCCCUAAUGGAACAUGGGACCUUAUGCAGGGUUUGAACCGAACGUGGGCCAAUUACUCAGACUGCCUUCGCUACUUACAGCCAGAAAUCAGCUCGGGGAAGCGGGAAUUCUUUGAACGUCUCUACAUUAUGUACACUGUUGGAUAUUCUAUGUCCUUCAGUUCUCUGGCAGUGGCUGUUUUCAUCAUUGGCUACUUCAGUGCUGAGAGAUUUCCGGCUGUGUUUGUAGGAGCCUGGGCAGUGGUCCGUGCAACGCUGGCAGAUGCAAGAUGCUGGGAGCUCAGUGCCGGCGCUAUCAAAUGGAUUUACCAAGCACCGAUAUUAGCAGCCAUUGGGCUGAACUUCAUUCUGUUCCUGAAUACUGUACGAGUUCUGGCAACCAAAAUAUGGGAGACAAAUGCUGUUGGGUAUGACACAAGGAAACAAUACAGGAAGCUAGCAAAGUCCACCUUGGUUCUGAUUCUGGUCUUUGGGGUGCAUUAUAUUGUCUUUGUGUGCCUACCACACACGUUCACCGGGUUGGGAUGGCAGAUCCGAAUGCACUGUGAAUUAUUCUUCAACUCUUUCCAGGGUUUCUUCGUCUCUAUCAUCUAUUGUUACUGCAACGGAGAGGUUCAGACUGAGAUCAAGAAGACUUGGACUAGAUGGAACCUGGCUAUUGACUGGAAAAGGACGACUCCAUGUGGCAAUUACAGAUAUGGCUCCGUCCUCACCAACAUGACCCUCAGCACCAGCAGCCAGUCUCAGAUGGUGGCCAGCUCCCGCAUGGUUCUGAUUUCCAGCAAAGUCUGCAGAAAUGCCAGUAGGCAAAAUGAGGCGCACAUGAAUUUGCCUGGGUAUGUUAGGAGCAAUUCUGAACAGGACUGUGUGCACCACUGGGUUCAUGAAGAGGCCAAUGAAGAUGAAGAGAAGCAGGUGGAUGAUAUAUCGCUCAAGGAGUCACUUAGACCGCAGGGUAGUAGCACAGACCCUGAGGGGAACAGGGUAGAAAUGGAGGAGGCUCUGUGAACAGUCAUGGACAUUCAUGGGCAUGUCCAAUCUAAAACGGGUUGAAUCCUCUCAUGAUGCCAACAGCUACUAGUAUCCAUAUACUGCCUUGAGCCAAUCUCAGUGAAGAUCUUGGUCAAUGGUGAAGCUUAAUUUACAAGGACUCCAGACCUACAUAAUGCUGCUGACUACACAAAAUGGUUUCUAUGCCACAAAUGUCAAAGGCACAAAAAUGUGAAUUUUUAGCACUUACACUACCUGCAUUACACUUCAAACUCCGUACAGCAGACACAUCUUAGAUGUUUUCUGCAAAUGCUCUUCUGAAGGCAUGUGAAAGGUGACUCCUCCAUUUGUACACCUGAAAGGAAAAGAGGAAUGGAUAUCAGAAGGUUUACAGUAUAUGCAUUUGAAUGGAUUCUCUGGACUCCAAAAUGUCUUAGCUGUGAAUCACAGAGCUGGGAAAAACUUUAAAAGGGUUUUCAUCCAGUACCUAGUGAACUUUGAUCUCAACGCGGAAUGUUUCAAAUCAUUGUUUUUAAACUGAGAUGCUACUUACGUUUGAUUAUUUAUACUAUUGCUUUAGUCUGUUUUAUGGAAACAUCCAAACCAAAACCUCAUGUACUAUGUGACCUAAAUUCUGUAAUGAGACAGCCCCUGCUGCAUGCACUGAGCUCUGCAAUGAUUUGGGAAUUAAGUGGCAAUACUAACUGAAUAUGAAAUCAUUUGAAAACCUUCCGGGUAAGUGAAAUAAUUCUAAAAAGAGCACCAGAAAAUGUAAAUAUAAUUAGUGCCCUGUAGUGGAGGAAUGUUUCCUGCUGUAUGUCGACCUCUGAAAGACUUUGAUGUUGGACAGUGAAUGGGUUUGUGCCCACUGAAUCUCCAUAAAACAUCAAAAGAAACCGUGAUUGGGUUAAUUCAGGCCUGAGCUACUUCAGCCAGCUUUAGUACUGUCAAAAGCACUUUCAUUAAACACAUUAAGGUCUUUGCCAGAUACUUACUUCCUGUUGGCCAACUUUGGUCCAAAGAUCCUUGCGCUGAGAUCAAAUUCUUCCACUGGGACACAAUCCCACUCCAUUCUUCCAUGGAUUUCCAAGUAGUGGAGUUCUACUCGGGGGGAUUGGAUGCAUAAGAUGGCAGCUGCCUACGCCACGUCUCUCCACGGACCCUUUAAGUGCACCCCUCUGGCAAGCUUCUGCUAUCCAGGCACUUUUUCAUUGCUUCAGCUCAAAUGUGGUGGUGGACAUGGUAUAACAAUCUGAUAGAAUAGCUAAGGAGCUCCUGCAUGCCUCACCAUGAUGGCCCAGGUAGGGGGAACUCAGCAGAGAUCCCUUAAAUGGACACUCAGUGGCUCUCAUCGUGGUGGGAUAGUGCUGCAGUCCGUGCCUCAGUCUCGACUCUUAGAAAGAUUUCACCCUUGCUCUACUCUGUCAUAACAAGGGCAACAGUGGAGGGGAAAGCCCAGGAAAUGCACUGAAUUCCUCCCUUGUGGGAAAAACGCACACCACGGCCUAGGGGUGAAGAUGGCAGCAAAAGGGCCAUUUUUGUAGGUGCUGCUGUGUACGCUGAACCACUUGGGGAGGGGUGGAAGGUGCAGUAUGCAGCCAUUCGCAUCUCCACAUAUUUCAUCGUCACUAUUGAGAAUUACCAGAGUGUGCUGUAAAACAUUGAAACGUUUUUUAAAUGACUGGAUUUGGGGGAAAGGGGUGAAAAUAGUUUUUAAAUGUCACCUGAGUGUAAAUUGAGCCGAAAAGACUGAGAUAACUAAUGAACCAAUGAUCUGUUUGGUGUACAUUUGAAACUUACCAUGAACGGCAGUGCAUUUCUUCCUACGAGGCAUGAAAAUAAGAACAAGCUGUGGUGAUGCCAAGUACGCUCUCUGUGAACUGCAUGAUUUCACACAAAAAGUUCCAGAUCCCACAGCAACUUGGUUUAUCCCAACUGGAUUUGACAUGGGCUAAGUUCUAUCGUGUCUGAUUGAAACAUCUGAGGGCUGAUGCUGUGAAGUGCUAACUGAUGUUAGACGUCAAUUGUGCUGUUUCGGUGCUGUUGUUUAAUGAUUUUGUUGGGUAGCUAUUGUUCAGUGGCACAUGAGAGACAUUAAAAAAAAAUCUCCUUUUUUCAGCUUUUCAGUUGU